AUGAAGUCAAUUUUACCUCUCCUGGCUGUUCCAGCAGUUGCUGCUGCGACGAACUGCAGUAUUGAAACGUUCCAAGCAUACCUCGAUGCAAAUGGAACCAACGCUCAAGUCGUCUAUGCCAGACAUUAUGCUGAGAAUGCGACCUUUGUCAACCCCAAUGUGACAGCUGUGGAAAAUCCAACGGAGUUACCUGCAACCUGUGCGAUCCAGGUGAAUGCUACCACCGAUGCUGGCACGCACUAUAGCUUUGGUGUCUUCCUCCCUGACAACUGGAACGAGCGAUUCUUCCAUGCAGCUCAAGAGGGCGCAGACAUCAACUGGGUGGACAUGGCCGUGGGACUGCGCUACGGAUUUGCGUCUGUAGCUACAGACACAGGACAUUUUGGCUCUGAUAUGGGUGGAACCUGGUGGGAGAAUCCCCAGUCAAUCAAUGACUGGGCCUGGAGAGCCAACCAUCUCACCAGCGUAGUUGGCAAAUUUCUCGUCGAGAGUUUCUAUGGCCAGAAGCCCAAAUAUAACUACUUUGCUGGCUGUUCCACUGGUGGUCGUCAAGCCAUGAAGGAAUCCCAGGCAUUUCCUAUGGACUACGAUGGGAUUAUUUCUGCCUGUCCAGCGUGGUGGACCACCCAUCAGCAGUUGUGGAAUCUCUGGCAAACUACACUCCAGGCUCCAGAGGGCUCUGAACAUAGUAUCCCCAUGUCUAUGUUUAGCGUUAUUGGCGAGGAGGUGAUCCGCCAAUGUGAUCCUCAAGACGGUCUCGUGGAUGGAGUCAUCUCUGAUCCUCUUGGCUGCAAUGUGGACUAUCUCCCUCUGCUCUGCAAUGGUACCCAGAACAGCAGUUGUCUUACAGGGCCCCAGCUGGAUACCCUACACAAGAUCUACAGCGACUGGGUUGAAGCAGACCAGACAUUCGUGUACAGUCAUGUAGAAUACGGCAGUGAAUUUAUGUGGAAUGAGAGUGGCAAUAUCGGCAAUGGUAGUGUUGGCAACGAGGCCGAGCAAUACUGGUACCUUCAAGAGAUUCUGGGUAUUUCAAACUUCACCGCAUCAGACUUGAACUUGAAGCUCGUGGAAUAUGCCGACAAGACUGACCCGGGUAACUCCUCCGCGAAUGACUUCAAUCUCGCUCCCUUCUACAAGAGUGGUGCCAAACUUAUUCAUUACCAUGGCCACUCGGAUGCCACUGUGCCUCCAGGUAUUGGAAUUUACUUCCGUGAUCAAAUGGCUGCGACCGUUGCCCCGCAAGGAAUUGACAUUGAUGAGUUUUAUCGCUUUUUCAUCAUUCCCGGAAUGGAACACUGCUCCGGGACACCUUCCACCAUGAAUGCACCAUGGUACAUUGCCGGUCCAACCCAAGCCAGCGCACUCAGCUCAUCACUGUACGGUGUGCCAGGCUACAGAGACGCCAAGCAUGAUGUUCUCCUUGCGCUAGUGAACUGGGUUGAGAAUGACACGGCGCCUGAGUAUAUCAUUGGUUCUUUCUUCGACGACGAUGAGACUUUCAGCAUCACUAAGCAGCGACCUAUCUGUGCUUAUCCAAAACAGGCUAAGUACAAGGGCUCGGGCGAUAUCAAUGACACUGAUAACUUUGAGUGCAAGCUGCUCUUUUAA